UUCAACACAGAGAGAGAGAGAAAGCUAGAAGCUUUAACAAUUCAACGUCUCUUUCUUCUCAAUGGCUGGAAUUAUUGCUCCCCCUUCACUUCUUCUUCCUUCCGGAAGCAAAUUGCGGACAACUUGGUUGGAAUUUAAGACUCAUCCUGGGAGAACCGUGUCAGGGAAACAAAUUCAUCGGAGAAAUUUGAAGUUGAGGGCAGAAGUGAAUUAUGUGAAUGAUGAAGAAGCAAAGAAACUGGUAGCAGUGGAGGGUUAUACAGUUGUUGAUGUUCGGGACAAAUCUCAAUUCGAUCGUGCUCAUAUAAAAUCAUGUUACCACAUGCCUCUUUUUAUCGAAAAUAAAGACAGUGAUAUUGGCACAGUUAUAAAGAGGACUGUGCACAACAAUUUUUCGGGUUUAUUCUUUGGGUUGCCAUUUACUAAAGAGAAUCCUGAAUUUGUUCAAUCUCUUAAGAACCAGUUUUCAUCUGAAAGUAAAUUGUUGCUUGUAUGUCAGGAAGGAUUGAGGUCUGCCGCUGCAGCUAAUAAGUUAGAGCGAGCCGGUUUCCAAAACAUAGCAUGUAUAACAUCAGGGCUCCAGGCAGUAAAACCAGGUACUUUUGAUUCUGUUGGUUCCACCGAGCUGCAAAAUGCUGGAAAAGCUGGUUUGGUGACGAUUCAAGGCAAGAUUUCAGCUGUACUGGGAACCGUGCUUAUCUGUGCAUUUCUAUUCAUCACCUUCUUCCCGGACCAAGCCGAGAAGUUGUUUCAAUUAGCCCCUGCAAGCUAGGUCUUAUUCUCCAAAAUUUUGCAGAAUCUUUGUCCAUGUAUAGUGGUUGUAGAGAUUGAGAGUUUGAAGCAUUAGAAACAUGGUGUCCAAAUGUAGAGAAGCAAAGUUUGUGAACAUCUGUAAUUGGAGAUGAAUUUGUACUUCCAUAGCCAUGAGUUCAAUACAUCUAAGUGUGCAUAUAUAUAUGGGGUUAUCAUUUAUGAACAUUAAAUUAGAUUUUGUAUUA